UAUAAAUACCUACACUCUCUGCAUAUUCAGCUACCAGACACCAGAAGAGCUAAAAGGAUCCGCCGAAGAUCUGAAGAAAUCCAGUUGAGAAUUGGCAUCCAUCUCUGAAGCCAAAAAAUAAAUUCAGGACACAGUGGGGCUCUGUGUUGGCCUGACACUCUUGUGAAAGAAGACCCAUCAGCUCUAAUCUUUAAAGGAUUUAUAACCAAACCGAAGCCAAAAUGAAGGCAUUAAGCAUUGCAGUUGCAGUGACACUCGUGCUCGCCUUUAUUUGCAUUCUGGAGAGCUCCGUGGUCCCGUAUGCCGGGGUUGGAGAGCUGGAGGAGGCAGGGGGCAAUGACACUCCAGUUGAGGCACAUCAAGAGAUGUCAAUGGAAUCGUGGAUGAUGCCAAAACAUGUCAGGGAAAAGCGCCAGAGUCACCUCUCCUUGUGCCGCUUCUGCUGCAACUGCUGCAAGAACAAGGGCUGUGGUUUCUGCUGCAGGUUCUAAGGAACAUCUGCAACGACCACCAAAUUCUAAUUUAUUGUUUUGUUUUUCUUUACCUUUCUUUUCACUGCAUUUAUGGAAAAUACUUUUACAAGCAAAAUUAUUCAUGGAGCAACACAAACAAGUGAAACAUAUCUUCUAUUUAUUUUGAAUGCUUCAACUUUUAGACUGUUUUUUAAGAAUAUGCCACUUAUUGAUAUUUUCUUUAUUGGAAAUCAUUGUUUUUUGUUAAAUAAAAUACAUACUAAUCAUUGA